AAAGGGAGAGUGAAACGUGUAAAUUCCCAUUUGUUUUCUCUUUGCAGUUUAAAUAGUGAAGGAAGCAGAAUGUCGGAGAACAAACUCUCUCAGCCUUCAGCCUUACUAACCAUCCUCAUCAUCACCUUCUUCUUCAUCAUGCAGAAUCUGAGCGGCGUGCUGAUCUUCCUCAUCGCCACCCUGACCCCGGUCCUCUGCUGUGAUUGGCUCGGACACUACAGUCACCUUAGCAACAAAUCAAUGACUCUGCUGCGCCUCAUGGGUGCUGAGGACUCUAAACACGACAGCCCACUUUCCUUUCCUUACAAGUUCUACAGACGCAUACAAAACAACACGGUGGAGUCCCAGCUGGUUUUUAUCAGAGACAGUCUGGAGCUGAUUGAAGGUCUCUAUCUCCAUAAUGACCACUCCUCCGUUGCCUGGGAUACGGACAGGACGGACCGCUUCCUGAUGACGCUGGAGAGACAGAGAGAAGGGAUCAGCAGAUGUCUUUCGACGAAGAGGAGAGCAGACAGCCGACUGAGGAAAUACUACCGGAGACUGGAGACUCUGCUCCACACGGGAGGCAGCAGUGCAUCCUGGGAGAUGAUCCGGGUGGUGACUUACGGGCACCUGCAUCAGCUGGACCUGCUGGUGAACUUCAUGGUGAAACAGCAGAAGCACUGACACCACAGCUCCCCCC